UCCUACAGGUGAAAAGGAACAUCUCAGACCUGACAAAUAUCCCCGUUCGACACCAACAGUGGGACGGGUGGCCAGCCUCGGCAACCAACGACUCGAUGACGCUCGCUGCCUCAGGGAUCAGUUACCCCUGCCACCACCUGAGUGUGUGCCGACGCUCGUCCCCCGCCGUUCCCGCUGAGCAGGCUGAAGAAGUGCCCGGCCCGAGUCCAGUCCCCUUAUCCACGCAGUGCUCAGAUAUCCACAUGGUCAGUGACAGCGAGGGAGAUGACUUUGAGGAUGCGCCAGAGUUUGGUGUCGACGAGUCAGAUAUCUUUGGCAUGGGCAGCAGCACAGGAUGCCGGAAGUCGCCUAUGAUGCCAGACAACAGUGAGAAUGAGGGGGAUGCCUUACUGCACUUUACUGCCGAGUUUUCCACAAGAUACGGAGAUUGCCAUCCGGUCUUCUUCAUCGGCUCUUUGGAAGCAUCUUCUCAAGAGGCCUUCUACGGCAAAGCCAGAGAUGUACGUAACAGUUUCCACACACAACUCAAAGUGUCCUAGAAAACUGAUCCGUCG